AUGGCCACUGCGAUACUGGAGUGGCCAGCUGCGCGCCCAGAGACUUUCGCCGAGGCGUACGAGCAAGAUGGCAACAGCGACGACGAUGUUGUCGAUUUGGUCAAGUUCCCUGUUAUGGAGACACAGGAACCGUUGCCGAUAGCGACCGCGACCGCCAGUACAACCGCUUUUGCAAACCAAGACGUCGACAGUGCAACCUCGACCGAGGAGAGCAUGAACGCCCUCACUAGCGACACUGUCGCCCCCUCCGUCGCAGCUGCGUGCGAAAACACAGUCCAAGAGGCCAAUAAUGAGGAAGUGGUCAAGAAUGCAGAUUCAACAGAAGUCGCUACCGACACCACACCAACCAUCUCAACAACUCCCCCACCACCCGCCACCAUCUUACUAGAGCCGCCGAAUUCGGCCAUCACCGCUACCAGCUCCGACAUGAACUCUCCGCGCCCGGAAUUUUCGUCACCCCUGCAACAGUGCGCCGAAAAAGAUUACGCUCCGGCCACGCCUCUCAGCGAUAUCAGUGAUACGGAAGAGUUUGCAUACGACUAUGACGAGUCCUCGGGCCAUCGCCUGAUCCGACUCUGUCCCACGGCCGCCCAGUGGGAUGACUUCCCCGCGCUGCUGGCGUUUGCGCGGAAGCUCGGUGCAUGCGAUGAUGGGUGCUUCAAGCUCAAACUGCCGGCCGAUCUGCGCCGCCCGCUGCCGCGCAAGCCCACUCAGACACUGCCAGCCAAUGCCUACAAGGCGAAGCAAAUUCGUCGCACGACAUUUUGGCAACUAAGCACGAUUAGGUCGGAGGGUGAGUUUUACACCCCAGAGGACGUGGACGCGGAGCCGACUGAGUCGGUUGAAGCGACGCUCAAGACGCUCAAGACCAUUUUCCGCAAGAACAUGGGUAGGCAGAUGCGCAAUGUACGGUACCGCCCGGACGUGCCCGCCUGGAAUAGUGAGCAGCGCCGCGCAGCCGGCGUCCCUGCGGACUGGAGCCCCAUCCACCCGCUCCGGGGCGAUAUGCUGGACCACACCAAAGCCGUGAUCCCCGGCAUCCACACGCCGUACGUAUACGAGUCGGCGCCGCAAUUCGGCGCCACCUUCCAGAUCCACGCGGAAGACUACCGACUGCUAUCCCUAAAUCACCUCUACCGCGGGCGCAAGAUCUGGAUCGUGGUCCCGUGCACGGCGAUUGACUUGGCUGAGCGGGCCCUGGGUCGCGGGACCGACGGCUGCUCGCAAUUCAUGCGGCACCGCGCCGAGUUCUUCUUCCCUGAGAAGCUGGAAAAGCUUGGUAUCCCCUACCGCAUCGUCGACCAGCGGCCCGGCGAGACGAUUGUCGUCCUGCCGGACGCGUACCAUGAGGGGUACAGCACGGGGUAUACCCUCGCCGAGGCGAAAAACUACGCCGACAACGAGUGGAGCACGGAGACUUACAAGCCGUGCGCGGCGCACUGCCAGCUCCUGACUGCCAUUCCGCCCGAAUACCUGCGCCCGCUCGCGGACGGCGAGGAGAGGCUAGACUUGUGCGCGCUGCAGGACGAGCGAGCAGAAGCGGUGUGCGAGCAUGAGAGUGAGGACACGCCCGCGGUUGCUGAAGCGAAACGACGAUCGGACGAUAUGGAGGCAGACGACUUUAUACAAGUGAUGGAACCGAAGCGGGUCAAGGUCGAGGAUUGA